AUGCAGGUCGAGGAGCUCAAAGCAAACCGCACGCGCAAGCUCAAGGCACGGGCCAUGUAUGAGCAGUACGUCCAACAGCAGCAGCAGCAGCAGCAGCAGCAGCAACAGCAGCAGGGGAAGCAGGGGAAGCAGGGGGAGCAGGGCCGGCACCUGCAGCAGGGCUGGGGCGGCGGCGCGAAGAUCGGCGAGGUGGAUUACGCGCGGUGGGACAUGUGGUGCCCCAGCGACGAGGAGGACGAGCUGUUCAAUGGGUUGACGCCGAACAAUGCGGGGUUCAGGGCGAUGGAGCGGGACAUCGACGAGCGGCACAAGAGCAAUGCCCGCGAUGACACCACAUGCGCCACAAAAAGGAUGGUGGAGCGGCGCCAGCUGGCGGAGCGCCAGCGCGUGGCCGGCAACGCCGCCAUGGCGGCCGGCCAGUGGUCCGAGGCGCUGCGCUGCUACCAGGCCGGGCUCGAGUCGCAGCGCCACAGCGCGGCGCUGCACGCCAACGCGGCGCUGGCGGCGCUCAAGCUCAAGUGCAACGUCCAGGCGCUAGAGCACUGCGACAGGGUCCUCCACCUAUGCGAGCACCUGCACAACACCCCCCGCGACCCCCUCUGCGCCAAGGCGCUGCAGCGGCGCGCCGCUGCGCUGCAGGCGCUGGACCAGCACGACCGCGCGGCGGCUGACCUGGAGAGGGCGCUGGCCAUCCUCGGGGGCAAAGACAGGGAGCUUCGAGGGAAGGGCGGCGGGGCUGCUGCGGGCGGGGCGGGCGCCCGGCUGGACGUCGGGAAGCUGCGGGAGGUGGAGCGGCUCGCGGCGAGCCUGCAGGCGGCUGUGCAGCGGCCGGGGCAGCAGCGGGAGCGGCCGGCGGGGGCGGCGCCGGAUCAGCCAGGGCGGGGGCCGGGGGUGGAGGGGACGCGCGCGGCGAGCCGGCUGCUCGCCGCCCGCUCGGCAGCUGGUAUGCCUGCGCUCCCCCCCAAGGGUGGCGCCACAGCCAGCGGCGCAGCCAAGGCUGGUGGCGUCGCAGAAGUCCAAGAGGCUGAGCAGCAGCAUGGGCUGGCGCGGGUCCAGGCGGCACUGCUUGGGCUAUUGGAGGCGGCCUGCGCCAGCCGGGUGUCCCUAGAAGAGGUGGCGGCUGAUGAGAGGCUGAUGGCAGCUGCCGUGAAGCUGCUCGGCAGCCGCGGCGCCACGGUGCGCGACGCGGCGGCGCGGCUGCUGUUCUUGGCGUCGACGGUCGACACGGCUGGCCCCUCGCAUCGGCAGCCCGCGGCCGCGGCGCUGGCGGCGCAGAACGGGGCCGGCAUGGCGCGGCUGCUCGGUUUGCUGCCGCAGGCGGGCGAGUCGCUGCAGGCCACGGUGCUGUCGCUGGCGGGCAACUGCAUGCUGCACCCCGGCGCCCGCGCCGCCGCGACGCACCUCCUGGCGCAGCCAGAGCGUGCGGCGCUGCUGGCCGGCGUCACUUCUCUCAUCGGCGGCGGAGCUGGGAGCAGUCGCGACACCCAGGCCGGUUCCGGAGGCGCCCGGGCCGGCAGCUGGGUGGAGGAAAAGGCGCUUGUGCUGAUCAGCAACAUGUGCAGCCACCCGCCGCUGCGGCGGAUGCUCGCAGGCGACGGGCAGCUGGUUUCGGGGGUCGCAGCGUGCUCGACUGACGGAGCGGCGAGCUCAACGGGGGCGGCGCGUGGCAAUGGUGUGCACGCGGCGGCGCUCGGCUGCCUUUGGAACUUGAGCGUCGAGCCAUCGGCGCACGCAGCGCUGGCGCGGCAGCCGCAGCAGCUGGUGGCCUUGCUGAGCCUUGCCUGCAGCUGCGAAGCGGGCGUCGGCGGCGAGGGCACGGGCGCGGGCGCGACCGGCGGGGGCAGCGAGUGGCUGGCGCGCAGCAGGGCCGCGGGCGUGCUGGCACGGGUCGCGAAGGAUGAGGGGGCCGCGGCUGUGCUGGAGGAGCUGGGGGGGCUGCGGUGCCUGGUUGCUGCCGUUCAGGCUUGGCAGCAGCGGCGGCAGCAGCAGCAGCAGCAGCAGCAGCAGCAGCAGCAGCAGCAGCAGCAGCAGCAGCAGCAGCAGCAAGAUGAGGAGGAGCACACCUCUCCUGCAGCCCCCGCGGCCGUCGCAGGUGCUGCAACAGUAAAAGACACUUGCAGUGCUGGCACCUGGCUGGACGGCGCCGUGAAGGUGAUUGCCCUGCUAACAGGGCGGCUAAGCACCUUCAGCAGCAGCGGCACAGGCAGCGGCUGCAGCGAGGAGCUGGCGGAGGCGAUCAUUGCAACAAUGUGCGCCGUCUGCAGCAGCCACACCACCGCCGCGGCCGUCCUCGGCAACGCGGCCCUGUGCCUCGGCCGCUUCGUGGCCGAGCCUGCGUGUUCGCCUGCGCUGCUGCGCCACGACGCCGUGGGGGCGCUGCUCUGCGCGGCGCGACGCGCGGGGCGCGGGAGCGCGGCUGCACGCAAUGCGGGCAUCGCGCUGGCGAAGGCGGCGCGGGCGGAUGCGGCGCUGCUGGAGAGGCUGAGGGAGCUGCGGGGGCUCGAGGUGAUCUAUGAAUUCGUGAAGCCCUGA